AUGACAGCUCAGUUCCAUCUGCUGACGACUCCCCGCUAUGACAAGCAACUUCUCCAGGUGCGAGAGCGGCACGGGGAUUAUCCUGGAUGGAAUUUCCAUCAAGAGUCCCCCAUAUACAUGUGGGACUAUCACCACAAACGCUUACUGAAGGGCGCCAAGUACUUUGGAUGGAAGGCUGCAGUCCAGGCUCUGGAGACACAUCUUAAUGUCGACAGAUUCGCUAAGGAAAUUGAUAACUUCGUCGGGCCUUGCCCAGAGACGCCCCUUCGUUUGAGGAUCCUGCUCUCUCCUGAGGGAUCAGUUCAUAUGGAGAAAUAUGGCAUUUCUGCCACCGGAUUGGAGAAUCUGUUCCCAGAGUCGUUGGACCAGGCAUCCGGACCAGAUUCUCCAGAAACUAUGAUGGGACCCAAAGCAACGCCCAUGUACACAUUAGUAGUGGACCGGGAAAGGACUAAAAGCUCUGUCCAUACACGGUUCAAAACCACACUCAGAGACGUGUAUGAUGCAGCGCGCCAGCGAGCUCUACUUACGCCUUCAGAAAAUGUGGAAGUGCUCCUAGUGAACGAGGAUAAUGGCCAUGUAAUGGAAGGGAGUAUAACCACACCCUACUUUUCUAGGGGUGGUAGAUGGGUGACCCCGCCAGUUCCCAAAGAGUUGGACGAUGUUGAAGGGAGCGGAGGCCAGGACGGUGUAUCAAGACGUUGGGCAUUAGACCGUGGUCUGGCAGUGGAAGAACCCGUGAGUGUUGAAUCCCUUGUUGAUGGAGAGGCAUGCUGGAUCAGCAAUGGUGCACGAGGAUUCAUGCGUGCCACAGUCAAGUUGACGGACGCGCAAUCGUAG